AUGAAUCUUGAAUUCACUGUAACAGAAACGAUAAUCCGUGAUUCUGGCACAAUUAGUGAAAUUCAAUAUGAAUUUGAAGAAUUUACAUAUGAAACUGUAUCUGUUGGUAUGACUAGUAAAAGAGAAAAACGUAGUCGAGUAUAUGAUGCUAAAAUAAAACGACAAGAUUACAAUAUAUUAACUCGUCACCAUCAUAAUGCAUUAUCAUUUGAUGAUUUUAUUCUUAUUUUACGUCCAUUUAUGUUGGGAUAUUAUCAAAAUACUCAAUUAGAAAUAUUAUUUCAAAUUUUGGAUAAAAAUCAAUCUGGUUCAAUCGAUAUUGAUAAUUUAGCUGGUUUUUUACCAAUUAUUAAUGAAUAUGCAACUAUGGAUACUUUGAAAAACUACAUUAGAAAAUGUGAUUUUAAUACUGAUGGACAUUUAACUUAUGAUGAAUUUCGAUCACUUAUAUUGAAAGGUAUUGGACGCGAAAUGAUAUGUAUUCAAACCUAA